GUGUCGUCGGUUGUCAUUUAUUUGUUGGUUCGAUGGAUACAGCAGGAAAAGGAUUUUCUGUCGAUGCACAAGUGUUUCACCAUCGCAACUAGCGUAGAUGUGAUUGUUUUUUGCCAAAGGAUUUAGUGCUUUCGGAUUCAGUAAUGAUCGGAAAGCUAGCAAAACGAAAGUAAUAGUUCAACCGUAGCAGUGACGCGGCUGUUGUGCAGUUUCGACCCCAAAACCGAAUGCCCGAACCAGUUUUGCUGUGUGGUGUGGUGGUGGUGCUGGAUGGAAAACUGUGAUUUGUGUUGCACGCCUUGACCGUUCGUACGGAUGCAGUGCUAAAGCCCAGUGAUGGAUUCCUUUUUCGGCUUCGAUACCAGUCUGCCGGGUGAGAACGACGAGGAGGAGGAGGAGGAGGAAGCUCGCCGAUUCUUCCAGGCAGCACCGCGGCGCACCGCCGAACUGCAUUCGCCGCUGCAGCGGCGCCGAUGCAAAGAAGACAUCUCGGACGAGGAAGAGUAUGACGCCCUGAAUGACGAAACGUUCGGUGCGGCGGACAAGGGCGACUGGGAGGACAUCCACGAGCAUCUCGUGCGGCUGGAAAGUGGCAGGAAUGGGGGGCGAACCGGUUCCUUCCUUGGGGAGGAUGAGGACGAUGGGGGCAGCAGCAGUGUCGAUCUGCUGUUUGACGACUACGAGCUGGAUCUGCAGCUAUCGAAGCUUAAUCUCUUCUAUAGCAACAACAAUCACGGCAACAGCAACAACAACAACAACAGCGAGAGCGGCCGUAGCAGUGUGGUGGCCCAAAGCAUUGGCGAUGAGUUCGCGAGCAAGCUACGGCUGGAUCCGAGCAUCUGGGGCAGCCCGGCGAAGGUACCGGCUCCGGUGCAGCCACCGUACAGCGAGUAUAGGCCCAGCGGUACGCCAUUUUCUGCCCUGCCACCACAGCAGAGCGCCUUUCGACCACCGGAACCGGCGCAUCCGAUCGGGGGAGGUAGCCUGCCGCCAAAACCGCCUCCCUCACUGCCACCGGGCUUGUUUCCACCCAUGAAGAUGCUGUCAGUGGAGGACAUUGAACGAACCAUCAUCCAGCAUCAGCAUCAGCAAAAUCAGCAUCAAAGUAUGCUGCAAAAGCAAAUGUCACAGCAGCAGCAGCAGCAACAACAACAACACCAACUCCAUUUCCAUCACAACCAAUUUCACCAGCAGCAGCAGACACUGCAACCAUUCCGCACACCGGCACCGGUCCCGGCCCAACCACCACCACCAGUGAAAGCUCGCGAACAUUUCACACCCGCCAAGGAGGUAAAGAGUAUGCAGCCGCCGAUCCCGAUGAUCUCCUCGCCAGUAGCAGCACCACCGUUACGGGUACCACCGGCGCUGCUCACCCCGCCGCCCUCGCUGCUGGGCGCCCGAAACGCCGGUCCCGCUGCCCUGUUCCCGCCCGGACCGUCGCAGCCACCACCGCCGGCACCUCCGCCUCCCAUGCUGAACAACGCGAACCGUCUUCCGCUUGGUUUGCUGCCAUACAACAUGCUAGCCGCCCGACCAUACUCGACGCCAAUCAACAACCUGGCGAUGCAUCCGGCAUUCCCGCAGCGCUGCUCGUACGGUUCCCCGCUGCAAGGGUUUCUGGGUGGCCCCGGCCCGGUACAGAUGGGUCCGCCACCGCCGCUACCUCCCCGCCAUCCGGGACCAGCGCCGGGUGGGCCGCCGCCCUUUUUGAUGCAGCGCAGCCCGACGCCCCUGCCGACGAACCAGUUCAACCAGCGGCUGGUGCAGGAAAUUCAACAAAACCAUCCGCUGCUCGCGUUCAACCGACAGCUCGCUGCGGCCAGCACGCUCAGCGUUUGCGGCAAUGGCGUGAACAAAGCAGCCCCGCUAGUAGCUCUGCCAAGGGCGAGUUUUAUGAAGCAGCAGCACCAUUUCCAGCAGCAGCAGCAGCAACGAUCCCGAGUAGGCAAUGGAAUGCCAUCGAGCACUGCAGGCGGCGGGCAGCCAGAGGAGCGCGAUGAGUACGCAAACAUGAUGAGCAAUCGCGACAAGCAGUGGCUAAUCGGGAUACAGCUGACGCAGCUCAACUCGGACGCGCCCUACUUUAACGAUUACUAUUUCACCGUGUACAAGCAGCGGCUGGCAGCGGCGAAGGGCGAGGGCGAUAAUCGGAUCUAUCGCGAAAAUCAGCUCAACCAUCCGUUCACCCAGCCGAAGGAGCAUGCGCAGCUGCUGUUACUGUCGCUGCUGUCGAAGAACGGCAAGAGCGGACUGCUCGGCACGAACCGGGAACGUCGCAGUUCCGAAUCCCGCUCGUACCCGAACGGCGGUAGCGAGGGAAAGGAUGGCUCAGCGCCGGCGGGUGGUGGUCGAGCGUAUACCCCGCUCCAGUUUCAAAAUUCGCUCGGCAAGCUGCAGUGCGGUAGUGUGAUAGCGCCGCGAAAGCUCAUCGACGCCGACGUGAUGGGCAGCGACCAGCUGAACGGAAAUGGCGUGCCGGCACUUGAACCGCCGCCCGCCGCUAUCCAGCGCAAAGCUCGCCAUGUGCUGCUGCUCAUCGAGACGCUGUACAAGCUGGUGCUCAAGCUGGAAGAUCUCGGCAAUCCCGUUGCGAUCGAAGCGAUGAAAGCGCUGCGCGAAAAGAAAAUGCGGGAGCGAACCAGCAGCACCGGCAGCGGCAGCGGUGUGGCGUGUUUGUCAGAAGCGGGCGCCAAGAUUGGUUCAAACGACGGUUCCACGAUUGCGUCGCUAUCGAGCGAUUCCGCGCCGAGUGAGCCGCUCGAGCCGGAAGAGUCGUACGACGAGCUGGCCGGGUCGCUCGUAGCGCAGCUUUCGCAGGACAAAAUCUCCUCCAUACUGGCCGUGCGCAAGGGGCGCAUACUGCUGCGCCGCUCGUUGGCCGUCCUGCACGAGCAUCCGGGCCGGUGGAUGCUGUGGGGCAUGAUCUUCGUCGCGCUGCCCUCCCUGCCGAGGAAGGAUCGGGACGAUGCGGACGGGCUGCUGCUGACGCUGUUCGGUGAGUUCGAGCGCCAGCUGCGGUACGGCACGAUCAAGGAGCUGCUGCUGGUGGCGAAAACGAUCGGCACUGCCGGCAAGGUGAUGCAGUGCAUCGUCAGCAGCAAGUUCCUGCUCUCCUGCAUCAUCACGAUCAUCUUUCAGAUGGAGAUGUUCUGUGGCAAGAACCCGUCCGCGCUGCUGAAAGCUUCCGAGGAUGGCUGGUGGGUAUCGUUCCUCGGGGACGUGAACCGCAUUGUGAAGGAAAGCGUGGGACCGAUCCGCAGCAGCAGCAUUACGAUCAACCCGGACAACAACAUCGUCCGUACGCUGAUCGUGCACUUUGCGCGGUUCGGCACGCGGGUCGAUGGGACGGAGCUGCUGAACUUCAUUACCGACAAUGGGAACGGCAAGCCCAAGUCGGGUAGGAAACAGUCACUGCAAGAGCCAGGCGUUGCCAAGUGAAGAUAAUGCGCUUAACCUUGUGGAGCAAGGAGAAGUGGGGCGAAAAAAUCCGUUUUUUACCGUUCCCCUCUUUGCAGGAUAAAGAUGGUACUGUUACGCGCGCACAAUGCAACGCAUUGAUAAUUAAUUCGAAUUGGUAAUUUAAUGAUAGUCACGUAAGAUGAUUUAACCAACAAAUCCCGUUAAUGUCGAUACUAAGCUUCGGUUUUUUUAAAUUUAAUUUAAUUGCUCUCAAUCUGCUUUUCAAUAAGCGAAAUAUUGCGAUAUUACCAUAUACAUUUUAAUGUGAAAAUCUAGAGAAGACUAGUUUUUAGCCUAACACACACCCACACACACACACAACCUCACACUUGUAAAGUGUGGCAAGAGAAGAACUGAUACUGCGUUGUCGAUGAUCAUUUAAUGUUCUUUAUUUAUUAGGCUUUGCGUAUGUAAGACACACGUGUGUGUGUGAAAAGGUAGCGUAAACUGAAUUGCGUAAACUCUGUCACACGCCGAAAUUAAUAUAUUCCAUGCUCCUCUCCAUAUAAACCCCUGUGAACCGAAUGGUAUCGUUAGAUAUUGCUUUUGCAAACCGUGUUAUAUAGUCAUUUAAGUUAGGGCACGACCUAUAAAGCCCCCCCCCUCUUACCUCCCCGGUUAGGUUAUUAGGUUAUCCGCAUGUCGUGCUCGUGCUGAUAUUUAAUUUCGCCCAUAGUGUUUCGCGCAAACAAAGCCAGCAGCCCGUACGGUUUGAAUAGGAAUGCGAAUCGAUCGAAUCGAACUCUUUAGUGUAGUGUAAGUUAGUUAACUGGCCAAGGAUGACAGUCUCGAUGUGCAAUGUGGCAGGGUUUUCCCCAGGCGUUCUCAUAGCUGUGGGACACUUUAUUGACUCUUCCUUAAGUAAAAUGUAACGGGAAUUGGACUCUAUAGCACCCUUGUUGGACAUAUCCAAUAGGAAUUUCCAACGAACCUUUCCAAAAAGGGUGCAAUAGAGUCCAAUUUCCGUCAUGUGAAGUUCACUUCCCAAUUAGAAAGAGUCAAGGAGUAGUGUCUCAUAACUAUGAAAAAACCCUGUAAACUGCAUUUGAGCCACUUUGUUACAUCCAUCCGCCCUUUACACAAUUAAGCUUCACGUGCAAUGAGGAAUGGGAAGAGUAGCAGAACACUGUAAACACUGUCCGUGCCCGCUGACGGCACUAUAAAACGAAACAUUAAACACACAUUCGUCUCUUCAUUCAGUACUACCUAAAUCUAUAGAUACAUAAUUUUAUAGUUGAGUGCAUUUACCUGAACUUGUUUUUAGACUAAUCUUUCGAUAGCUCCUUUUUUCACGUGUCCGUUGGUGUUUAUCACUCACUGAACUUCUUUACACGAUUACUUCUUUCCUUUUCAAAUGUACCAGCUAGAUGUACUAUGGCACUGCAAUCACUUUUCGGAGAACUUAAAACCUAUUACACAACUCACAUGAAUUGCUUUGAUUUCUCUACCUACUUUCCAAUAUAAGAACGGUUUAAAACAUGUGAAGAGAGCCAACAUGCCAAGAAAGCUGUGUAAAUGAGCAUUUUAGGCUAUAAUCCUGAACAUAAACUUAAACACUGAGCAGCAUAAAAAAACUGCAAUUGAGUUAAACUAUCCAUGUAAAAGCUCUGUAAUUAAAAAGCAAUUAAGCGCAAAUUCCGAAACAUGCGAUAGAGAAAAUGUGUCUAAGAAAAAUGAACAAAAAAAAGGAGAUAUCCACGAUGGAAUUGUCGAAAAAGAACAAACAAAUAAAUCGAACUAAUUUUUUUUGGGUUUCUUUUGUUAUGAUGCUUAUGAACGCGAGCAAAA